AUGACAGACGUUACGUCCCGGCUUCAGGAGGCCAUCUCCACAAUGUACGGCAAUACGGACUCGUCAUUCAAGGCAGAGGCCAAUGAGUAUUUGCUUCGAUUUCAGAGAAGUGAUGAGGCAUGGAAGGUCAUAUUUCCGUUGCUUGUGGAUGAAAACGUCAGUUUGGAGAUGAAAAUGUUUGUUGCACAGACGUUGAGAUCCAAAGUGCAGUACGACUUCGGCCAAUUACCCGAGGAAUCCUUUUCUUCCUUAAAGGAUUCCAUUAUACAGGCCCUAUUAUAUUUCAACGAUAAGCAGAAGUUAAUAACUACACAACUCUGUCUUGCACUUGCCUACUUUGCUCUUCAAGACCUAAAGUGGGACAAUGCUGUUGGAGAAAUCAUUAAUACUCUUUCAUCCAAUGCCAUGGAUACUUUACUUGAGUUCUUGAAGGUUCUUCCCGAGGAAAUGCUGGAUGUUCGUAGAACUCCAUUAACGGAAGAAGAGUUUGGACAUCAGACCAAGAAAUUAAUUGAUAAUAGUGUUGAACAGGUUUUGUACAUUUUGACAAGCUUGGCAGAUAAUAAGACCAACAACAGCACCAGAGUCAACCAAAUGGUGCUAGGAUGCAUUCAAUCGUGGAUCGUUGAUGUUCCAAUCAACCAAAUCCUUACCAACAACUCUCUAUGCUUACUAGUUUUUGAAGGUUUGACUAGCGAGGAUACAUUUGAUACUGCUGUGGACUGUUUAUCCACUAUCAUAGCUGAGACAGACACAUUCGACGAGCAUAACUUGCCUGUAGUGAAAGGUCUCUACAAUCAAUUGAUUGGUCUUCAACCAUUGCUCGAGCAAAGUCAAGACGACCUCGAAAAGAUGGAAAGAUUUGUGAUGCUUUUUUCCACUGCGGCAGAAGCUUGGCAUGUUUAUAUAGCGGCAAUGCCGUACGAUUUCAAGCCUUUGGUAGAUAUUAUGCUUAGAUUGACUAGCUAUGACGACGAUCUUGAUGUGGUAAAGUAUACCUUCAAGUUUUGGUAUGAUUUGAAGUCUUUGUUGACAACAGGUGCUCGUCAGGAAGCAAGAAUUCUCUUCACACCAACAUAUACAGAACUUGUUAACGUGAUGAUUAAGCAUUUGAGAUACCCAACAACCUCUCAAUCUACAGAUCUCGCUGUUUUAUUCAAUAACGAUAGAGAUGCUGAGGACAAGUUUAAAGAUUUCAGAUACGAUAUGGGAGACGUUCUUAAGGACUGCUGCGCUGUUAUCGGUGCAGACAAAGCUCUCAGUAUACCAUUCAAUCGGUUGCAGCAACUCAUGGAGAUGCAAGCACAGGGCCAAUCGGUGAUGUGGCAAGAAACAGAAUCCUCGUUGUUUAGUAUGCGUGCCAUGGCCAAAGAAGUGGGUACUAACGAGAAAAAGAUGCUUCCUCAGAUUAUGCAUUACUUAGUCAAGCUACCUGAGAACUCUAAGAUUAGAUAUGCUGCUACUUUGGUUCUUGGUAGAUACACAGAGUGGACUGCCAAGCACCCAGAAUUUUUGGAGGAGCAAUUGAACUAUAUUAUUGGUGGAUUCCAACUGAAGCAGGACUUAGAUGUGAUUAUCGCUGCUUCGCAUGCAUUGAAGUACUUCUGUAUGGACUGCUCGAGUUUAUUGACGGAAUACUUGGAGCAAUUGUUUAACUUCUACAGCAGUGUAGAGUCAUCUCUUGACAUUCAAUCGUUGUACGAUGUUACUGAAGGAAUAGCAUACGUUUUGAAAGAACAGAGAGAGCCAGAGAAGCUAUACAAUAUUACCUCCAUGUUCUGGAAUCCAAUUUUGGAAAAGUUAUUGGGAAUGAACGACAUGCACUCGUCGAAUCCUAUAGAAAUGGACCAGAUAGAUACCAAAAUUGCAGAUACCAUUGAACUUAUUACGAUAUACGUUGAUGCCUUGAAACCACGAACUUACAAAACCAAAGAGCACCCUGUGGCCAAAUUACUUAUGGAGAAUGUGUGGCCAUUGAUCGCUCGAUUGGUGUCGAGUCAUGGAAGAUCGGUGAAAGUCAGUGAAAGAUGUAUGAAACUCGUGCGCAGAGCCAUGCAAUCGUUCUGGAAGUUUUUGUUGCCGGUUCUUCAACAGACUGCAGAGAUGUUGAUAUAUGGCUUUAACACCUACCAUAACGGAUGCUACCUGUGGGUUUCUGGUGCUUUAAUUAAGGAGUACGCAUCCGAUGAGGAUGCAAGCGAGGAAGUGGCAAGCUCUGUUUGGCACUUUUCAAUGAAGCAGAUCGAUAACUUCUACAAUUUCUUCAGUGGAUUGAGUGAACGAAAGUCUCAGGAUUAUCCGGAUUUGGUUGAAGACUUUUACAGAAUGAUGGGUGAUAUUCUCAUGUUUUCUCCGGUGAGACUAAUAAGGGCCGACACUGUGGUCCAGCAGGUAUAUCAGACUGCUCUUAAAGCACUUCAGAUUUACCAUGAGUAUGGAGCCAUCUCAUCGAUACUUCAAUUCCUUGUUGAUUUCUAUUCGUGGGGCUUCGACACUCCUCCUAUAUCUCUGAUGGAAGACAUACCGGCGGACUUAAAGUUGAAGAUCCAGAACUUUGCCCUGACUACAGGACAGGAAAUCGUGUCUAAGCUGAUGUAUGGGCUUAUAUUUUCCUUUCCAUCGGACUGCUGGCCAGAGGCAAAUGAACUAAUCACAAAGAUUAUCAAACUAUCGUCUCUUCAAGGUGGUUCCAAACCUUCUCUGUUGUGGAUUGACCAGUUCCUUUCUUCUCUUCCUCAGGGCUCCGUCAGUGAAAGGGAAAAGUUGAAAUUAUUGAGCACCGUGGAGUCUGCGGUGAAUAUAGAUGAUACGAGAACCGUUAGAUCGAGCAUUCGAGACUUUAUUAGCUGGUACAAACGAAAGAAUGUGGAUAGAGCUUUCUAG